CUUCUCUAACAUUUUUCUCUUCCGCUCUUUAGACCUUCUGUCCAACUAGCCUGAAGAAGCUGCCGCAUGCUGGUUGGCAGGAUGUUCUCCCUUCGCACCGCUGUGCGGAGAGCUUCCACCACCAAGUCCUUCCGAGCGCUCUCCGCACCGCACACCGUCGCGUUUGCCAGACUCUGCUCGCCCACAGCCCGUGCCUCGUUGAGGGCGUCUGCAGUGCCGCUGCUGCAAAGCCGUCACUACUCUCGCGCCUCCGACACCCAACUCUCUUCUACCCGGUCCACCGUCGUUCAGCUGUUGAGCAACAUCGGCUCGAAGCGUGAGGUCCAGCAAUACCUUUCGCACUUUACUUCGGUCUCGUCCCAGCAGUUUGCCGUUAUCAAGGUUGGUGGUGCUAUUAUCACUGAGCACCUCGAAACCCUCUCCUCUGCGCUCGCCUUCCUGAACCAUGUCGGUCUGUACCCGAUCGUCGUGCACGGCGCCGGCCCUCAGCUGAACCGCAUGCUCGAGGCUGCUGGUGUCGAGCCCCAGUUUGAGGAUGGGAUCCGCGUCACAGAUGGCAAGACACUGGCUUUGGCCCGCAAGCUCUUCUUGGAGGAGAACCUGAAGCUGGUCGAGGAGCUGGAGCGCAUGGGUGUGCGGGCUCGCCCUCUCACCGCUGGUGUCUUCCAGGCCGACUACCUUGACAAGGAGAAGUACAACCUGGUCGGCAAGAUCAACGGUGUCAACAAGAAGCCGAUUGAGUCUGCAAUUGAGGCUGGCUGCCUUCCCAUUCUGACUUCCAUGGCCGAAACCCCCGAUGGCCAAGUGCUCAACGUCAAUGCCGAUGUCGCAGCUGGAGAGCUGGCGCGCGCGCUUCAGCCCCUGAAGAUCGUCUAUCUCGCUGAGAAGGGAGGUCUGUUCAACGGUGACACUGGCGAGAAAAUCUCGAGCAUCAACCUUGAUGAGGAGUACGACCACCUCAUGACACAGUGGUGGGUGCGUCAUGGUACUCGUCUGAAGAUCAAGGAAAUGAAGGAGUUGCUCAACGAUCUUCCCCGUACUUCUAGCGUUGCUAUCAUCCACCCUGCCGACCUGCAAAAGGAGCUCUUUACCGACUCCGGUGCGGGUACUCUUAUCCGCCGUGGAAACAAGGUUCACACCAAGACUUCGCUUUCUGAGUUUGAGGAUUUGGCCCAACUGAAGGAGGUCUUGGUUCGUGACCGGGAAGGCCUUGAUGCUCGCGCAACCGUCGACCGUUACGUUGAGGGCCUGAAGGAGCGCGACUUCAAGGCCUACUUCGAUGAGCCCAUGGAGGCUCUGGCUGUUGUUUUGCCCCAGGCCAAGGAUGCCCUUACCUCAGCGGCCCACCUCGCUACUUUCACCAUCACUAAGUCUGGCUGGCUCACAAACGUGGCCGACAACGUUUUCGCCGCCAUCAAGAAGGACUUCCCCAAGCUUGUCUGGACCGUCAAGGAGGAUGACGAGAACCUCACAUGGUUCUUUGACAAGGCUGAUGGCAGUCUAAGCCGAGACGGCGAGGUUCUCUUCUGGUACGGAGUUGAGAGUAGUGAUGAGGUGAAGCUGUUGGUUCAGGAAUUCACUCAGCACGGUCGCCAGAUGUUCGGCGACAUCAACCUUGAGUCCAGGCUUCAGCGCGCUGCUCAUGCGGCUGCCAAUAUCGGCAAGCCCCUCGGUGCUGCUGCUGGACAGAAGCGUACUUUCUCCACUGCAAGCAACGCCCUUCGUUCUGCCCGUUUCGGACGCCCUUCAGUUCCCGUUCAGACUGUCCGCACCUACGCCACAACCAACCCUAACCCUCCUCUUGGGGAGAAGAACAACUCCAACACUAAGCCUUCCAAAGUCGCCCUCAUCGGAGCCCGUGGCUACACUGGACAGGCCCUGAUCAACCUCAUCAACGCCCACCCUCACCUGGAUUUGCGUCAUGUCUCUUCCCGCGAGCUGGCUGGCAAGAAGCUGCAGGGUUACGACAAGCGAGAGAUCAUCUACGAGAACCUGAGUCCCGAGGAUGUCAAGCGCAUGUCAUCCAACGGCGACGUCGACUGCUGGGUUAUGGCCCUCCCUAACGGCGUCUGCAAGCCUUUCGUUGAUGCCGUUGACCAGGGUGCCAAGGAUGGUAACGUGAUCAUCGACCUGAGCGCCGACUACCGCUUUGAUGAGAACUGGACCUACGGUCUCCCUGAGCUGGUCAGCCGCUCUAAGAUCGCCCAGGCAACUCGCAUCGCCAACCCUGGUUGCUAUGCCACCGGAACCCAAGUUGCCAUUGCUCCUAUCGUUCCUCACCUCGGUGGACAACCCACCGUUUUUGGCGUUUCCGGUUACUCUGGAGCUGGUACCAAGCCUAGCCCCAAGAACGACGUCCAGAACCUUACUAACAACAUCAUCCCUUACUCCUUGACCGACCACAUCCACGAGCGGGAAAUUAGUUCUCAGCUCGGUACUCCCAUUGCCUUCAUGCCCCACGUUGCUGUUUGGUUCCAGGGCAUCCACCUCACCAUCAACAUUCCUCUGAAGGAGACAAUGUCAUCUCGUGACAUUCGCAACAUCUACCAGGACCGUUACGCUGGCGAGAAGCUUGUGAAGAUCGUCGGUGAGCCUCCGGUUGUCAAGAACAUUGCUGGUCGUCACGGCGUCGAAGUCGGUGGCUUUGCCGUCCACUCCAAGGAGAACCGUGUCGUCGUUUGCGCCACCAUUGACAACCUUCUCAAAGGUGCUGCCACUCAAUGCCUGCAAAACAUGAACCUCGCCCUCGGAUACAGCGAGUACGAGGGUAUCCCUCUUGAAUAGACAUUUAGCGCUGCUUGCUUGUUAUAAAUUCUGUGUCGUAUAAAAAUCGAUUUGUCUACCUAGUUGGUGGGUAGGGUAUGUAUGUGAGAUAGUCUUAACCAGGUUUCCAUUUUGUGUAUCUUCUCUGGUCUCUUAAAGUUUUCAUUAAUACCUUGUCUUGCGCGCAUCUUCGAAUUGCUACCUACAGAUAGGAAUGGAAUUGUUAGUAG